AACCGGCAGGCAGACCUUGGUGGUGGACCCCUCUUCACUUUCUUUGCUGUGCCGCACGACGGGUGUUUAUCUUAUUAUUUUUGUGUGUUUUGUGUUUUUUUAUUAUUCCUUCACGAGUGGUGUAUAUUCUGGGACUUCCUCUUCUCUCGCUCUACUGCCCGAGCAGCAGCCUGAAGGCCAACCCCUGGGUCCUGGUCGCUAGACGUUUAGCUAUCUUCUAAAUUGUAGGCCCCUUUGCGUCGUUAGAAUGGAGGACGACAUGCAACAGCUCAGAGAGGAGUUGGAGCGCCUAAGGGCGGACAACGAGCAAUUGCGGCAGGAGCGGGCUCCCCGGCAGGUAAGUGACUCAGGUUCAUCCACAGGCACAGGGGAUAAUCCUCAGUCUAACUCGGGAACUGGAAGUGGCGCAGCGGCUCCGGAACGACUGGUGGUGAUCCCUCGAGAUCGUAAGUGCCCUAAGUUCAAUGGUAAAACCGGUUUAACUGUUGUAGAGUGGAUCGAGGAAGCCCGUGCUUGUAUGCGUGCUCGCCAUCUAGAGGCUCGUGAGAAGUCAUUGUUCAUUUGCGAUCAUUUGGAGGGAGACGCGAAGGAAGAAAUCAAAUAUCGUCCUAGAGCAGAGAAAACCGACCCAGAAAAGAUCUUCAGUGUCUUGAGGGAUUUGUAUGGCUGUACUGAGUCAUAUAUGACCCUCCAGCAAUCCUUCUUUUCGAGGCAGCAGCAGGAAGGGGAAACUUUACAUGAGUUUUCUUUAGCCUUAAUGGCUUUAAUGGAAAAGGUCAAGCAGAGGGCGCCUGAUAGUAUGACGAAUGCUGACAUCCUUCUCCGCGAUCAGUUCGUGGAACAUGUCUUGGACAGUGCGCUCCGACGAGAGUUGAAGCAGUUUAUACGCCGGCAGCCACAAGCUACUCUACUUGAGGUACGCGGUGAGGCUAUUACAUGGGAGCGAGAGGGUCUUCCUGGGGGUGCUAGGGGGCGUAGCUUUUCUCUUCCUUCUGCCUACGGUAUACAGUAUAGGGUCCAAGGCCACCCACAUGCUGCUUCACCGGGCCCCGUACAACCAGAGGCCCCAGCGAUGUCUCAAAGUAAUGAACUGAGUGAGAUGAUGAAGUUAUUGAAACAGCAACAGGAGCAACUAUCUCGACUCAGUCAAACUGUGGAUACCUUGCAGAACCCCCCAAUGCCUAGCCGACCACAACGCCGGGGCUCAUUGGUCUGCCAUCGAUGCCAGCAGCACGGUCAUUUUGCCAGAGAUUGCGAUGGGCCGCGAGUGCCCUCCCGUCCAAGGGCCAAUUCAUUCUCUGGUGAGUCCUCCGGUGUUGCUAGGUCUUCUCAGCAACCUCACCAACAGGGAAACUGAAGCCCACUGAGCCGUCGAGCCAAAGCUCAGUUGGGGUGU